GACUUGCAGCAGAGUGAGGAGCUGCGUGCUGGUUUUAGAUCUGAAAAAUACUGCUUCAAGGUGCGACAGCUGGAAUCAGGCCGCGUUCUGCUGAUGCAAGAGCAGAAGCAGCUGAAAGAGAUGCAGCGAGCGCUGAAACGCGAGACUCGCGAGAGCGAGACCAAAAGGCUGGAGCACUCAGUCGCGUUGCCACGUGGAGUGAGGCCCACAACGCAGGUCUCCUCACCAGAAACUCAGAGAAGUGCACCCUUCAGUCCUGGAGAAAGUGUGCCAGGAGAUUUGGGCCAUGGUCUGGCGGCCCAACAUGCUGCCUUGCAACAGCAGCGCUUGGCAGCACUGGAAGCAGCACAGCGCGCAGAGGAAGCGCAGCGACGCUUGGAGAAGCUGCAGCAGAGCGAGGUGCUGUACCAGUGGAAGUUUCACCGACAAACUUGGACAUUUCAGCACACGCAGCGAGCCUGGCUGCUGCAGCUGGUGGAUCACAAGCCAGAAAGCAUCUCGAAGCACGCUCAUGCUGCUGAAGCUGAAAGUUUGGUGGCUGCGGCUGAAGCAGCAGGACGUGAGGAGCUGCGAAAGGUGCUGGCUGAAGGCUAUGCAGGUUUGAGAGGUGCUGCCAAGUUGGGCUCAAAGCAGUCCUGCUUUUGGAAGGCCGAGGCUGACUUUGCUGCUGUGGAGAGCAAGGUGGAAAAGCAAGCAGAGGCUGCUUGGGCAGAAGCCUUGAAAAACCAUCUUGCAGCCAAGAAGCAUCGCCAGUUGCGAGAUGAGCUGGAAAUCCAAGAAAGGCGACGGAUGGAACGCCUCCAAGCCUUGGAAAUCGAGAAGCGUCAGGUGGUCUUGGAAGAGGAGGCACAAGAGAAAGCUCGCAAAGAGUUUCGAAAGGAGCUCCAGAGCGAGCUAAGGGAAGCCGAAAGUGCCUGGCUGCAGAAGAUGGCACCCAGAUGGCGGGAGGAGUCCGAGGAGGUGAAGCGCAAAGCACGUUCCACUGACCUCGAAAUGCAAUACCAGCAGCAGAGGAUGCAGCAGUGGUACGCCGAUGAAUCCGCCAGCAUCGCAGCUCGCGAAGAGGCUCGAGCUGAGGCAUGGCUGAGCCAGGUCUGGGCUCGUGCGGAGGCUCAAGCUGACCAAGAGGUGCGCUCAGUGAGGGCUAUGCAGCAACGGCUGGUGGAGUGCCUGGACCAUGCCCCAAAGGCUGACGACGCCCGAGAGGCUCAACUGCAGCAGCGCAUUUGGCAGGUGGAAGCCCUGGCAGAGGAAGCAUCGGCGCGGGAGCUGGCAGGGCGUCAGGCCGAGGUGGAAGCAUGCGCCUCUGCCAUGCAGGCUUUGGAGGCCAAGCAGCAGGCCACUUGCCGCGAGCAACUCGCUGAAGCUGAAGCUCAGCACCUGCAGCGUUGCCGUGAGUUGGAAGAACGAGGAUUGGAAACUGCUCGCCGCGAGAGUCAGGAACAGGAGAUGAAGUAUUUGCAGCAGCUGCAGGCUGCGGAGCGAGCUCGCGAUGAGGCACUAGAGGCAGUCGAAGUCAUGAAGAAGAGAAGCGCUGCACUGCAACAGGAGGAGAUAGCGACCAUGGCGCAGAUGGAAGAGCACAUCAUUCAGCAGUCAGCUGAGCGUCGGCAAGCUCUGCUUGGACGCCAUCGUACAGUGCUGUCAGCACGUGCUGAGCCGCAAGGAAAUGGCUUUCCCAGCUUUGGAAGUUGCUCCUCGAGUGGACAUACCCUCCAAAGACCGCCAGGUGCCAGGGAGGCUUGGAAGAUGCCGCAACCCAUGGUUAGUGAAUCCUUCGACCGCGAGGUUUUGAGCCCUCACUCUACUGCUUCCAACAUGCAGCGGAUCUUGGAAAGCUGGGGGCAAGAUUACUGCGAUGAUGUUCCUCGCAGUCGCCGUUUGUUAAGCAGUCGUCCGGAACACAGCAGCUCUAAUGGCCUUGCUUCAGAGCUCAGCAACUGGCCGGACGUUCAAGAGGCAAUCAAUCACUGGGGCAAAUCGCACCUGCCUUCGUCAAGGGAUGCAGAAUCCCAAAAGCAGGCAUUUGCAGGCUAUCGAAGGCCUUUGCUAGAUGUGCCUCCUGUGUAUCAAACGGCCGUUGCCGCAAUAGAGCAGUAUGGCUGGCAAGCCAUACACGGAGAUGCGGAGGAGUGGACGGCGCUCCAUUGGUCAGCUGUCGAAGGGAACCUGGAGGUGUGUCAUCGGCUUCUCAUAGCCUUGGCGAACCCACUUCAAGCGGAUCAAUCAGGAAAAUCUCCUUUGGAUUAUGCCCUAGAAGCAGGGAAUGCCGACGUCUUCGAGCUGCUCUCAACUGCUGCUUCAACCCUGCCGCAGAAAAGGGCCAAUUGUGGGGAAGGAAUCGGCGAGCCGCACUUCGACGGAGAUCGCUUGCUGGUGGCUUUGCUUUCCAUUGCCUUUGGGCUUGGAGCAGCCACCGGCAUCCUCUUCACCCGCCGUCACCAGGGAGUCGGCCUACCACCCUUCGUCAAAGUAGGGCAGCUACCCCGGUGGGACCUCGUACAAAUCGGGUUGGCACGAUCCUACACGAGGGCCCCGCAAUCAAUCAUGGACCCGACCGAUGAAGAGCUUGCCAAUAUUCAGGACAUCGACGGCUGCUGCGCUUGGUCGGGACUGGAAGGACCUUUGAGGGAUGCUCUCAUGGCGGCUAUUGGGGAUCCGCAGAGGCUUCGUGAAGUGGCGUUGAUUCCCCGUCCGACGUGGGACAAUGUCGUUGCCACGAUCCUAGUGGGCCAACCGCCGAUGCAACCUCAGGCACCUACCCCGGUUGAAGGUUCGAGGAUUGAAUCUUUACGGAGGGUGUGUCUCUUGCGCAUGGGGAAAACUCCAGACUCCCCAGGGGACGUCGGACCGGCCAUUCCUGGUCCUUUGUCAGCACCCUUCCCGCCGGUUGGUGGAGGUGCUUUGGCAAACGCCGCAGCCACUCCCUCGAGAAGGCUCAAGCUCAGUUCAAUAUUGGAUCCAACUCUAGACGCUGAGAUCCAGAGCCUCGAGGAAUCAGAAGUGGCCACGAUGUAUGAGCGGUAUCGCUCCAAGUUCGGAGAUUUCCCAUCGACGGAAACCGACGUCUCCAAAGAUCAACUGAGUGCAAUUGCUCAAGUGUUGGCGGAGCUCCCUGGCCCGAGUGACUUCCACUCGUGGUACAGAUGCUGGAAGUGCUUUCGUACAGCGAUGCUUCUCCUCGAGUCCUGUGAAGCUGAACGCCUGGAUGCCUACUCCGAGUUCAUCAGAGGCAUGGUCACUCAGUUUGGAGAGGAAGCAUGGAGCUUCGUGAGCAGGGCUGACAGCCGAAUGAGGUCAGAACAGCUGGAAAGGCUGAGGAGACAACUCCGAUCGGAGCCGCAAUAUGGCUACGUGGAAGCCAGCCCUUGGUCGGCUUGUUUCGCAGCGGCCAUCAAAGACUCCAGCUUCUGGAGCAGAGAGCUGUCAACGCCAGCCACCCUCUUCUUGGCAAGAAACAAGAGGGAAGUCGCGACACCUGAGGGUGACGAGUCAAAACCUGCAUCGUCACCUUCAAAGAAGACGAAGACCCGAGCUGCUCGUCGCUUCACAGGUGAAGACAAAAGCAGAAAGGGUGAGGACGGCAACUUCACCUUGAACCGCAAGGGCAUCGAGAUUUGCAAGCUCUACAACGCCGGCAAGUGCGGUGGACCAAAAGCGCAGGGCAGGAUUGCAGUCCAGCGCAAGAGCACAGCAGUCAAAAGUGCCGCAAAGCCUCCUAUGGAGUCGCAGAAGCCUCAAGAGAGAGCGGACGACGCAAAGAACAAGGACGAAAGGCCUCCCCUCAAGAGGCGCCGCCAGAAACCACCAGAGGCCGAACCAGCGUCAUCGUCUUCCAAGCCGGGCGAUCCAAAGUUCGGCAAUGUGAUCGACAUCGGCGACAAAUUCAAAAAGUAUGGAUUUUGGCAGGCAAGAGAAGGCCCACUGCAAGACAACCCAAAAGCCCUCAUCCUUUUCGCAGGUAGGUCAAGGCCUGGUGACUUGAGCCAUUGCCUAGCGAGGUUGGGGUGGGUAGUCUGCUCAGUGGAUACAAAGUCACCGAAACCUACGGACGUCCUGGAGGGCACGGUUUGGGAAGUCAUCUCAGGCGACAUCAAGGCGGGGUAUUUCGACGCAGUUUGGAUUGCAACUCCGUGCGGAACAUUCUCGCCCUUGCGAGAGAACCCGCCAGGGCCUAGGCCCCUUCGGUCCAUUCAAGCGAUCGAGGGCCUGCCGAAGGAUCAACUCACAGACGCCGAAUUCAAACAGGUGGAAGAAGCGAACGAGUUGGUCAAGGUCUCCUACAUCGCAGCGGCUUAUCAAAACCGAGCCAAGAAACCUUGGGGGAUUGAAAACCCCAGACAUCACCCUGACAAGCCUCAGAUAUGGUACAUGCCAUUGUUCAAGAAGCUGGCAGAACUCAGAGGAGUCCAGAUAGUGGAGUUCGAUCAAUGCCGCACGAAUCUUCCAACUACAAAGCCGACCAGGUUCAUGGUGAAGAGACUGGAUUUCAACAGCUUAGAUGGGAAGAGAUGCAACCAUCCCAAGACGGAGCACAAACGGCCCGACGGCUCCACUUACAUGUCAGCACACGGAUCUACAGUGCAGAAAUGGGUGGACGGCCCAAAAGGUCGGGAACGUGCAUCGGUAUCCCAGGGGGAAUAUACCGAGGACCUGUGCGGCAUCAUCGCCAUGGCGUUCCACGACACGGCAGACGAGGGCUGGCUGGAGAGGGAGCUCCAUCAGGUUCGGGAACUCCUCUACAAAGCCCAAUCACUGUGGCCAGAACUUACACAGGCAGCAGACGCAAUCCUUUCAGGAGACGUUCCUCAGGAGCCGAGCCCGGAGAUUGUUGCCGCCGUCCGCAAGACCCUGAUACAGAUGUUGGGCGGGUCAAUCGAACAAAGGACGAGGACGGCGAGAGCCACCACUCCCAUACAAGCCAGUGUCAUCGAAGCUUGGGGGCAAGCGGUCGGAGAUCCAGACUCAGGCACCCUCGCUCGCUGGUUGGAUCACGGCGCACCACUGGGAUUCUCUCAAAGAAUCGAAACUACGGGAAUAUUCCCGAUCAUCGAAGACAUCUCGGGCGGCACAGAGGAGAUACAUUCCAUCGUACGCCCUCUCACCAAUUGGGAGAACUACAAGUCAGCAGUGGAAGAACGAGAAGAUCUUAACCAGCUCAUCGAGGAUUACGCUGCCCGCGGUUUCUGCCACAAGGUGAAGACCAUGGAGGAGGCAAAAGCGGAAUUGGGCAGGGAACCAAUCCUCAACCGCCUGGGAGUCGUGGUGAAAUUUUCUGCCUCAGGAAAGAAGAAAUCCAGAAUCAUAUGGGACUUGCGAGAGAGCAAGGCCAACAGCUUCUGCCAUCCUGCAGAGCGGGUACUCCUUCCGAAGCUACUUGAUGUAGCGGAGAGCGCCCUUCGGAGCCAUCGGAAAGGAGCACAAGUAUGGCUUGCCGCGGUGGACAUCAGGGACGCCUUCAUGAACGUUCCAGCAGGGGACGACAAGUACAUGACGGUCGCAUCCAAGGAAGACGGCAAAGGGAACCAGGAGCUCAUCAUUUUUGACGUGCUGGUAUUUGGAUCAGGAAGCUCUCCGACGAUUUGGGGUCGCUACGCAGCAUGGCUGGGCAGAUCAUCAGCAGCCAUAUCCCCGUCGUCUGGAAUCCAGAUCUACGUCGACGAUCCGUCAGUAGUCAUGGAAGGCCCCAAGAGCGAUGCCAUCCGGGAACUGACCAACAUCCUCUUAUGGUUCAACAUCGCGGGCUUCCCGGUCAAGCUGGAGAAGGCAGAAGGCGGAAAGAAAAUAUCCUGGGUUGGCGCCACCAUCGAAGCUUCGGACCAGCAAAGGGAGGUGACCAUCACGAUCCCCAAAGACAAAGUGGAGAAACUUCAAGCGACCACCCAAGAAUUCCUACGAAGACCGGUGGCUGGUCACAAACAGAUCAGGUCGUACGCAGGCAGCCUCUCGUUCAUCGCCGGCCUGAUACCGCACUUGCGGCCCUUCUUAGCCUCGCUCUGGGCGGUGCUGUCGGUGGGGAAAUCAAUGAAUGACGGAGCCGGCACCCGGCGUUCCGGAAAGUUGAUCCACACCAGGCGAAUCCGCCCGGCAUUGCGAUGGAUGGAAGCGCUGCUGCGAGGGAGCCCCGCUCCUCUGGCGAGGACACUCAGCGCCUUCUACAGCGAUAUCAAGGCCACCAUCACCACGGACGCCUCACCGUGGGGAAUCGGAGGAGUGCUCAAGAUCAACGACAAGGCCGUGGAGUGCUUUUCGUCUCCUAUUCCCCAAGGAGUGCUGGAGAAGUUCAAGGCCCAAACAGGCAACUCGAAAUUCAAUACCCUGUGGGAAGGGCUAGCGCUGCUGGUGGCAUUCCGUCUCUGGUUACAAAAGCUUGAGUACGGAGCCCAAGUCAGAGCACGCUCGGACAACAUGGGUGUUUUGUACACUAUAGUAGGAGGUAGAGCUAAGUCAGCCGACCUCAAUGUUCUAGCACGUGAGUUUUCUUUGGAUCAGGCAUUGCGUCUGUACAGAAUCUCGUGGCUCUCGCACAUUCCGGGUGUUACAAACCUGGAGGCGGACGCCUUAUCCAGACGUUUUGCACCGGUCCCAGCAGAGUGGCCAGAGUCGUUGGUAGGUGUUCCCUUGGUGCCAGUCCGAAUCAAUGAGGCUCAAGAGGAACCUUGGGGACCGUCCUUGGGAAAGACCGCAACAGCCGGUCGCAAAGCCCAGUGUCAGGCACAUCUUCGAGAAGGCAUGACAGCAGCCACCACGAAGGGGCCUACUGAAUCUCGGAGGGCCCUUUGGGAAAGCUUGGCAGCAAAAGCGGGUUUCAGGGACCCGUUCGCGUUGGAACCAGACAUGAUAUUCACAAUCAUGGGAGCUUUAGAUUUGGCUGGUUAUCGAUCGUCCGAACUAUAUUUGGACGCGGCCAAGUCCAUCCACAUCGCUUCCGGAUUGCCAUGGACCCAACAACUCCAACAAGCGGCCCGAGCCGCGAUCAGAAGUUGCAAAAGAUCCCGGGGACCUCCGAAACAAGCUGCAGGCCUACCUCUGGACCAGAUUGACCAGAUACUGGAACACCAAGCUCUAUGUCAAGGAGGACCACAGCACCCAGGCAGGUCAACGCUGCUGGCAUCUUGGUGGCUUUUAAGGGAAAUCGAAGCAUCUCGUGCCAGGAGAAGCCACGUUUCCUUCAACCACGAGAUGAGAAAGGUCACCUGGAGACUCCCGAGCUCCAAAACAGACCAAGCAGCCCUAGGCGCCGAAAGGUCACAUACGUGCAGCUGCGAAUUCUCAAAGAAAACAAUCUGCCCUUAUCACAUCAUGAUAGAGCACCUCCGAGACAUCAACAACCCGGAGGACUACGUCUUCCAAGACUCACAGGGCGCCAAAACAUCAAAGACAGGAUGGGCAGAUACAUUUCAAGAAAUCGCAAAGAAGCUGAAUCUCAACACAACACAUCAGAACGGAGCAAGGGCCUAUACAGGCCACUCAGCACGAGUGACGGGCGCGAGGCAUCUCGCGAUGUCAAACGUGGAACUAUGGCGAAUCCAGCUAUUUGGGCGUUGGGGUAGCGACGUCUUCCUCCACUACGUGCAAGACACCCCUCUUGCUCAACUUCAGAACCUGGCACAAGAGUCCUCAGCACAACUGUCUAUCCAGGUGGCAAAACAGGAGCUAUCAGCUCUUAUUUUGCAAGCCCAAUCGGCCAAGCAAACCCUUGCCAUACCGGAUCAAGACAUGCUCCAAGACUGUGAAGCUGCUGCGGAUCUUCUCCCUAUCCCUGUUUCCGCUUCGGAGUUUAUACAAAACACGAACGGAGGGGGCAAGCUUCACAGGAUCUUGGACAAGGACGUCAAUCAACAUCCCAGAUCCUGGCGUACACGCUGCGGAUGGCGCUUUGGGAGAGAGACAACGGAGCACAAGUAUUUCUCCGCGGAGGAGGGUGAGUUGGCGUUGGUCGGAAUGUCAAAAGGCACAAACUCUGCAGGCACUGAUUUCCUUUUCCGCCCAGUCCCACCCUACAUUAGGGCACAAACUCUGCAG